ACUUUUCUGCCGUCUCGACGCCUCUGUACUCCAAGUGGGCGCAUGCCAGCGCGAAUAUUGCGUUUGUGACCGGGGAGCUCUCCCGGGUGAGGGGCAGGAUGAGUUGCUGGAAAGGGUUGCCUGUCUCCUCGCGAAAGACGAUCAGAUGCGACAAGAUGUUGCAGAAGUGGUCUACAAGCGCCCGCCGGUUCGGCCUGUCCGAGAACUCGGAGAAGGCUGGUGAGCGAAAAUCCAGGAGCGGGGAGCCGACCGGGCAGGGCGCAAUCAUGGCUAGAUCGGGAUGCAGGGACCUCGAAGAUCGGGGAAUCAAUGCCGUGCUGGUCGAAUUUGGGCUGCUUUCUCCCGGCGAGUGCACAUCUCGAGUGGCCUCGUCGAGGAGUUCAGGGGCAGCCUCCUCUCGGCGGCCUUCAAUGUACCCGAUCGGGGAGAAAGCGGCAACAGAGAAAUCACCGAACGCGCUGGUCGAGGGACUUAUGACGGCCUCGUCCAGAUAAGACGACAGGGCGUGGCCACCAAAUCCAUUUCGCACGAAAGAAUCGGUGUCAUAGCUGUAGUAGCUGACGUCGGACAGUCUCCGGACAGGCGAGCGGUGACCGGGAAGGCUGAUGGAAGAGACGGCAGAUUCGCGCCUCCUCCGUUGGCGUGGCUUGAUGGCCUCAUAUGUGCACGCAACAUCGUGAUCCGCACAGCGAGUGCACUUUGGCCGCUUUUCGUCGCAUUUCUUCUUCUGCAAUAUGGGUCAGCGGGUAGCUGGACACGUCGGCCGAUCUUGACGAACCUUUUCCUUGCUUCACCGAGAGGUCAGAAGGCGAGAGUCGUAAGCGUAUUUGAGGGAUACAACAUGAAGCUAAUAGCUAAUAGGGAUGCCACAUACCAGUAUGUACAGCCUAUUUGGGUGCACACGGACGCGUCAGCACUGGUAAUGAGCACUGCGAGAUGUUGGGGAUCUUUUCCCUCCUCCUCAGAGAAACAGCGAGGUUGUCAACUUAUUGCCGAACAUACCACUUCUUGACCGUCGUUUGGGCGGUUUAGGGGGAGCAACUCUCGUGUACAGCAACAUUUUGCUUCUGGUUACGUUCUCGGAGGCCUUCCGUCAGUGUCCUUCUUUUUCCACCUCUCAGCCGUAUAACUCGACCGACAAGCGCUGCGCUCGAUUCAGUUGCCCCAUCCGACGUCAAUUAUCUGCACAUGCCGUGCCGGUACCGUUCGUCACAGGAUCUGUUGUACACUGCCGGUCUAGGGUCUGUUCUUCGCGAAUUGUGAGCCCUUUCCCGUCCACCACUGGAGCGUCAAUAUCGUACACCGUCGCAGGAAAGGGUGGAGGAUUUAAACGGUGGAUAAUGGAUUGGAAUCCUAAAGACGAGAACCAAAAGCUCUUGAACCAUAAAUAAUUGACGGAUCU